UGGUUGGUGCACCAGUGACGGCAUUGUGGGGGUUAUCAAUUGUUUUUGGUCUGCGGGCAUGAAUUGAUGUCACUGAUAUAGACAUAGUGUGCUUCGCGCGAUUGUCGAUUAUUAUUCGGGCACCUUCAUUAUCAUGUGUGUUAUCUGAACCUGAGCUAUUCUAUGUAAAUGAAGUGGAUGGAAAUAGUUCGGUUUUGAUUUUUUUUAAGUGACUGUUUUAUCGUUUGAUCAUGAUGGAAGAAGUAUGGGGACCAUACACAUUUCCCUUAGCAACAGUUGGAUUCGUGGUUCUCCUCCUGUUUCUCUUGGAUUCAAUGUGGAGUUUUCUUCAGACGUGCAGAGCUCUAUUGGCACCACUGUUCAUUCCAAAUGAACAAACUUCUUUGUUGAAGAAAUAUGGACCUUGGGCAUUAAUCACAGGAUCAACAGAUGGAAUAGGUAAAGCCUAUGCCGUCGAGUUGGCGAAAAGGGGAAUCAAUAUUGUCUUAGUAAGCAGGAACGAAGAGCGGUUGAGAAACACUGCCAAAGAAAUAGAAUCCGAAUAUUUUGUGAAAACCAAAAUUGUAGUAGCCGAUUUUUCACAGGGAUUCAAAGCUGUAGAAUUAGUUAAAAAAGCAGUCGGCCUCCUACCCAUCAAUAUUUUAGUAAAUAAUGUCGGGAAACAGUACGAGUAUCCCAUGUACCUAUCAGAAGUGCCCGAGAAAGAGCUCCUGGACAUCAUCAACAUCAACGUCGGAGCUGUCACUAUGAUGUGCCGAGCGUUCAUUGACGACAUGAAGAAGAGAGGACGAGGAGCCAUAGUGAACGUAUCUUCAGGGUCUGAGCUGCAGCCUCUGCCUCUGAUGACAGUUUAUGCAGCCACGAAGGCGUACAUAAAGAGCUUCACGGCAGCCCUUCGCUACGAAUACGGCAGCUCCGGCCUGACUGUGCAGCAUCUGGCACCCAUGUUUGUCAACACGAAGAUGAACGCUUUCAGCGCCAGGCUUCGCACCAGCACAUUCUUCGUGCCCGACGCUCGGGAAUAUGCCGCCUAUGCCGUCGCGACGCUCGGCAAAGUGGAUGAGUCGUCGGGGUACUGGACGCACGGCAUACAGACUUUCUUCACAAAAUUCCCGCCAUCUUGGAUUCGAAUGUAUAUUGGAGCUCAUCUGAAUCUCUCCUUCAGAAGGGAUUACUUCAAACAGAAGAAUAGUACGAAAAAUAACGGUACUAUCAAGGGCGAAGAUCGUAUAAAGUCAAUAUAAUCAUCAAGAUGAAUUGAGAAGACAUACGCAGGACACGCUGCUCAAGGAAAGUGUCUUGUAUAGCAGAAUGUGUGAAUCGUCUUCAAAUGCCAUAUCACCAAUCCACUUUCUAUGUAUAGUUCUCAGAGUCCCUAGUUUUUUUUGUAUCUAUGGGUCUUAUAUUUUUUUACUUAACGAGUGUUUGAUAUAUGUAAAAUGUUCUGUUGACUUUCAUCAAUACUAUAAUGAAUCUUAUUAUGUGUAUACUAAGUAUACUGUUCAUUAAAUAUUUGUUUUUAUUGCAGCCCUACUUUUAUGAAAAAUAGGUGCAUUGCGAACGGCAGCUCUUCGUCAGUAGGCACUAUGGGUUCGAGUUAUCAAAAUGAGUUAAAAUAGCAAAAUUUCAGUUAUCUAGCAAUCAUAAGGUUAAACAAAAAAG